AUGACGGCGGCAGCUCCAAGCCCGCUCGGCCAAUCUUUGACGAGAAGUGCUUCUUCAGCGACCUCCAGCCUCUCCUCGGGCGCGGCCGCGCGCAAGAUCGCCGACAACGCCGUCGAGGCUCCCAGAUGCCCUAUUGCAUGGGGCGCAUGGCUCCGCAAAUACCAACAUGGCAGUUGGAACGAAACGGUCGAGCCUCAGUCGUCCAUCGAUCCCGAAAACUCCUAUCCCGACCACGUCUCCGCCAUCACCUCCGAUGCCGCUGCCGUUGAUUCAGAGUCGGACGAAGCAGCAGCUUCUGCGGCAGCGCCUGCGAAUGGCACUUCCGACUCGCCCAGUAGCCCCGGUGUCCUGUCCGAAGUGCGCAACACAUCUGCCAAGCUCUCGCAGCCCUUCAAAGUCGCCAAUGCGCAUCGAUACGUCAAAGUCGACCCAGAAUCCUUGAUGGACUCGCUCGACUUCUACCGCCAAAAUGGCUGGCUGGCCGCCCCUCCUCUCCCCCGUCGACAGUAUCGACGCGUCGUCGAGGCCCUUCGUCGCCACGGCCUCACAGCCGCGCAGGAUCGCGAAGCUCUGCUGAUUUACAUCAAACAUGCCAAGGCUGUCUUCAGAUGCGAAUACGCCUCCUUCAUGGUCGAAAGCACCGACGAAGCCUACAUGCUCAUUCUCGCUCAAGACGGUGGCGACGCCAUGGUACAGAUGGUACCCAGAACCGUGACCUUGUGCUCGCACGCCAUGCUGUUGCCCGAAGACGAGGUGCUCGUCGUCAACGACACCAAGAAGGACUGGCGUUUCCGUACCUGCCCCUCGACGCUCGCCGGCACAGUCACCAACGCCAGAGGCAAGCCCAUGAACUUUUACGCUUCCGCCCCGCUCUUCCUUUCGUACAACCUCUACGGUGUCGAGGGCCGAGUGCAGGUCGGUCGCCUCUGCAUUAUGGACCCGCAGCCACGCCCAGACUUUAGCGAGGCCGACGCCGAUCUCCUCUACUCGAUUGGCAAGAUGGCUGGCGACGCGCUCGAGAAGGAGUAUCAGAGUGGCAAGAAUGCCAAAGCCGCCGAGAUGCAACAACGCACCAGCUCGCUCAUUCGAGCGCUGGAGGACGUCACCUUGAACGCGCAACUGAGACAUUUCAACUCGUCUUCCAACUCGACCACCGAAUCUGGCGAUGGCUUCUCGCGCUACUCGCUCCGUGUCAUCGACCGCGCCUGCAAAGAGAUGCGAGAAUGUCUCGGUGCUGUCGCCGUCGCCGCCUUCGAUGUCAGCAACUUUCGCUUCAGGCGUUCAGCCACCAGGAGCGUCUCCCCGCGAUCCUCGAGCACUUUCUCAAAGGCCACCCUGCCAGCAUGGCAAUCCCUUACCGGCAGCAAUGACACCUCCGACCCGCUCACUCCACCCGACGAAUCGGUCUCGACGCCCACCCGCAUUGAUCCUGAUUCGCCCAUGAUCUCGCCGAGAGUGAGUCGCAAGCUCUCUUCUAACGGUGCCGGCACGACUUUGCACGCUAUCGACCUGCGAGAAGGCUCGCCACCGCCCAGCAUGCUUAGUUACUGCGGUCCCGAGAACUGUCGACCCACCAUGUCAAACGACUUGGACCGUCUCAAAUCCAUCUUCGCCAUUCCACUCUCCCGCAUGGCGUCCGAGACAGAGAUGAACAUCCGGUGCAAGUUCUACCGUAGACGGACCGAUAUCAUCGUCUCGUCGGACGAGGAUGACGAUAACGAGGCUCCAUCCGACAAGACCCAAGACCCGUGGGCCGACUUGCUGCCUCUCGACACCCAGAUAAAAUCCUACGCCGUUUGCGCGGGCUACAAUCGCGCCAAAGCGCGCCCAAACAUCAUCUUCUUCCUCAUGUUCAGCGAUGAGGCCUGCUUCGAUCAACAGGAGCGCUACUUUGUCGAAAGCAGCAUGCAGAUCGCUCUGAGUAGCCUUCUCCGCCAGAAGCUCUCCGAGGUCGAUUUUUUCCAGGCCGAAUUCCUUCGUCACGUUCAGCACAACCUGCGCACCCCUCUUCAUGGGGCUCUGGGUGCCGUCGAGUAUCUCAGAGCUGCCAUCAGCGAUGAAGACGACGAGGGCGCCAUCAAGAUCGACUUGUCGGCAGACGGCGUCCUCGCCAAGCUGCUCGAGUCCAUCUCGCUGUCCGGCCUCACGCUCAACUCCUACAUCGACGACCUUCUCAGCUUUCAGAAUCUGUCUGGCGUCAAGACGAACGACACGGUUCCUCCCCGACGCGUCGCUGUCGACCUUGUCAAGAUUGUGGAGUCCGUCGCCGAUGAGGAAUGGGAGUUUGCGCAGCGUAUCGAUCUGCAGGCGCGCCAACUCGAGGCCGACGUGGGCAAGGUACCCGACGGCCCGCUCUAUGGAAUGGAGCUCAUCAUCAAGGCGACGCCCGAGAUGCGCGACUGCGAAUGGCUUGUUGAUGUGAAAUCACUCCAAGACGUGGUGCGCAGGGUCGUCUCGAACGCGAUUCGCUAUACCAAGCAGGGCUACGUCGAGAUCUCGAUGCGUCUUGCGGCUCCUGAUGCUCUGGACGACAUUGAUGUCGAGUUGGCGGACGACUACGCUGCUAUCGAGAUCGAGGUCGCCGACACGGGUGUGGGUAUGACCAAAGAGUUUUGCAGCAGUCAGCUCACGCGACCCUUCAGUAAGGGAGACUCGUUCCGCGACGGCAUCGGCCUCGGCAUGACGAUUGUCUCGUCGACGCUACAAAAGUACGGUGGAAAGCUCUCGGUGGCCUCCGAAGUCGGUUUGGGCACGCGCGUCACCAUGUGCAUGCCGCUCCAGCGAGGUCGCGUGCAACACGACCGCAAUGGAUCGAUCCCGAGCGCGUCCGGAUCGAAAUUCGCCGUCUCGAAACUGGCGUACCACGGACUCGAGACGCGCGGAUUGCGCCGCCUAGCCAAUGCCAUGUGCGAGCACUUCGCAUGGACGGGUGGUAUCGAGCUCACGCGCGACCUCGGCGAGGCCGACUGCAUUGUGUUGCCCGAACGUGCAGCUGCAUUGCUGGGCGAGGGAGGCGAUCCUCUUUUGGUGCAGGUCAAGCCGACCGCUCGGUUUGUCACCAUCAGCUCGUCGCACAUUGUCGUUGAAAAGGGCCUCGAAAAGCUGGAUGGACGGCCGGUGAUGCCUCUGGCCAUGCCUCAUGGACCCAGUGCGAUGCGACUCGUGGAGACGUUCUUGUCGGAGCAAGAGCCUCCGAUGAUCCGCACUGCCAAUUCUUUGCGCACCAACAGCCAGCACCGCGUUAGCGUCACUGAGCUUGGCAUCCCAGCCGGCCUGCGUCGCGUGUCGGGACAUCGUAAAUCCGACUCUGUCACCUUGCUGCCCGGUGCAGAUGCCAGCGAUCCGAGCGACGCUGCUGCUGUCGAGUCAUCCAAAGAGCCAACGUCAGCCAAGACAAUACUCGCGCCGAUCGACACUAGCCCGGCCGUUCUUCGACAGGACGAGUUUCGCGUGCUAGUGGUGGAAGACAAUCCGAUCAACAUGCGUCUGCUCACCACGCUGUGCAAGCGGCUCGACAUUCGGUACGAGGAAGCGCAGGAUGGCGCCGAGGCAGUGGCCAAAUUCAUAUCGUUCCGUCCCUCGGUUGUCCUGCUAGACAUCUCGUUGCCGAUCCAGGAUGGAUUCGAGGCGUGCACGCAGAUGCGUGCGCACAAUCAUCCGUCGUUUAUCGUUGCGGUCACCGCGCUCAGUUCGGAAGAGGACAAGACUCGCGGUAUCGAAACGUGUGGGAUGAACGCUUGGAUGACCAAGCCUGUCUCGCCGAGGCGGCUGAAGAGCGAUUUGGAGGGGUGGAGGACCGAGUUCGAGGCGGCCAAGUCGAUCCAGAGCGGUGUCAACGGGCAAGCUUGA